AUGAUUACCCAUAUGGUUACACCCGAUUCAACUUCUUCAGCACCAAAUUCGCCUUAUGGAGAAGAUACAAUAAAGUUGAACUCGUCAGUGAUUAGUUCGUCUUCACCAGUACGAUCAACAAGCUAUCUACAGAAUCUACAAUUGCAGCAACAAUUUCUGCAACUUCAAUUUUUACAACUACAACAACAGCAGCAACAACAAGACCAACAAUUGGCUCUACAGCAACAACAACAACAACAACAACUGCAACUGCAGCAAGCUCAACCUUAUGCAAAUCCAUAUUUCCAAACACCAAUAGAUCAAUUAUUUCAAUUUGAUAAUAACCCUAAUUCAUCAUUCAAUCCUACUCGUCCACCAAAUAUCCAUACAAACCAACCAUAUGUGUCUCCAUAUUUACAUCUGGCUCCACUUACAAAUCAUAGUGAUUUGCAACCACAGCCACCCCCAGCACUGCUACUGGAUCUGGAGUUGGGACUAGGAUUGGUAAAGCAACAACAAGACUCAUUACCACCUCAACAACAAGCACAAUCCCAACCAACACCAUUAUUAAAUCAACAACAUCCAUUUUAUAAUGAAUAUAUUAAUGAUAUGCCAUCAACUCAACAUCCUUAUUUGAUUUUCAACAACACUAAUGCUGCUCAUUCAACUACAUCAUUACCUAAUUUAGAUGCAGCAAACCCAUCAUCAAUCUUACCUCAAUCAGCAUUAAAUCAAUCUGAAUAUUAUAAAGUCACUAAUGGUUCUAUGUCUAAUGAUCCACAACCAAGUACAUUUUUAUACAAUUUACAUAAUCAUUCUGCUGAUUUGGUCAUGAAUAAUGAUUUGGAAUUCAGUAAUGCAUCGUUUGAUUCUAUUGGUGGUGUCAGUGUUAGUGCUGCUGCAACAGGUGCCGGUGCCGGUGCCGGUGAUUAUAGUCAUACUAAUAUCACAUCAAAUUUUGCCCAAACUAAUUUGCAUUCUUCAUCUCAACAAAGUGGUGUAUUACCACCACCACCUUCUCUUCCACCACCACCAACAUCUUUACCAUCACAACAAUCUCAGAAUCAAUAUCUUGAUGUUGUACCACCUCAACAAUUGACAAAUAAUGCAUUGAAAACUGAAGCUAAUUCACCAUUAAUUACUGAUAGUGCUAAUUUUACUACUAGUCAACCACAAUUUGAAAAUACAAUUUUGGAGCAAUCACCAAUAUUUAGUAAUAACACUAUUUUAUCUGGUAUUGAUGAACCACUGAAAGAAAAAUCUCCAAAUAUGCUUAAUUCCACUUUACCAUUAUCCAAGUCUACUCCACAUCAUAUAUAUCAACCAUCAUCAUCAUCAUCAUCACACGUACGUCACAAUAAAAUCACGAAGAAAUCAUCAUUAUCAAGAUUGAAUACUUCUUCAAAGAAAAAUUUAAGGGCAAAUUUAGUUCAUUCAUUAUCAACACCAACUGAAUUGGAUGAUGCUAAUAAUAAUAAUAAUGAUAUUGUUACCCCACCGAAAACUUUAUCUCCAUUAUUACGGAAAAAAACAAGUUUUAUAAAUGUGAAAAAGGAGAAUGAUAUUGAUGAUUCUCAUGAUAUUAAUUGUAAAAAUUUCAGUAUUGACAUUGAUGAUAUGGAUGAUGAAGAUGUAUUAUCUGAUUUUUCUCAACCACCACCACCAAUUGGAGGUGUAAGUAAUGACACCAUGAGAUCUUUGGCACCAGUCGGAGGAGUUGGACUUGGAAGUAGUGGAAAUAUUACUGGUUAUAGAUCACUUUCUAAUGCAUCAUCUACUUCAUCUCAUGGAUCACAUCAUGGAUUACCAGUGAUGAAUAUAUUCCGUCAUAAUCCUGAUUCUACAAAACCAUCAACUCCAUCACCUAUUUUAUCUACUGCAUCAUCUUCUUCAACUUUGUCUAAUAAGAAAGUGGUCAAAAAACUAAGAGGCAGAAAAUCGAAAACUAAAAUGAAUAAAUCCUCAAUUAAAACUGAACAAGUUGUCAAUGAAGAACCACAAGUCAAGAAUUAUAAAGAUGAUAAUGAUAAUGAUAAUGAUAAUGGUCAUGGUCAUGAUCAUGAUGAUGAAAAUGGUGGUGUCUCUUCUGAUGUUGGUACAGGUUCAAAUUCUACUCCUUCUACUACUACUAAAGGCAAGAAAAUGAAAUUAAACGUUGAUUUGAACAAUGGUGGUGGUAGUGGUACAGGAUCUGGAAGUUGUAGUGAUGAAAAUACCAGUGGUAAUGGCACUAACACCAAUACUGAUUCUACUUCUACUUCUAAUCCAAUGGUGAAGAAAAAACAUACAAGAAGAAGAUUAUUACCUAGAUCUAAAAAAGGAUGUUGGAUUUGUCGAAUUAAACAUUUGAAAUGUGAUGAAGUCACACCAAUUUGUGGAGGUUGUGCUAAAUUUGGAUUACAAUGUGAUUAUAGUUCUGAAAAACCUGCUUAUGUUACUGAUAAAAUUUUAAGACAAAAGAAAUUAACUGAAGUUUCAUUGAUUAGGAAAAGAAAUCAAGCUAAAACAAAAAUUUCUCGGAAAAAAUCAAGUAAUGAUAUAACCAAUGAUUGA